AUGACUGGCGACGUGAAGCACUGGGAAUCUGAGGCACUCUCCCUCAGGAGAAUAGCCUUUUUUGGUGUGGCCCUUUCCACCGCAGCCACUCUCAUCUGCAUCAUCUCUGUGCCGAUGCUUUACAACUACAUGCAACACAUGCAGUCGAUCAUGCAGAACGAAGUCGACUUUUGUAAAUCCCGCUCAGGAAAUAUCUGGAGAGAAGUUCUCACCCAGGCCUCCACUAGAACGCGUCGUCAAGCUGGUGGUGGUUGCUGCGGUUGCGGCAUUUCUCCUUCAGGACCACCUGGACCUCCUGGACAAGAUGGAGAGCCAGGAGCUGACGGACAGCCAGGA